GUUGGAAGUGGGCACAGAGCAGCGAGUGGAUGACAGUGGGAGGGACGAAGUGAAAGAGAGGCACGCAAACAGUUUGCAUCAUAAUUCUAGAAAGAUCCACAGCUGGCUGAACUGGCAGGGGCUGUUGGUGUAUUUAAGUGCGCAGACAGAAGAGGCAACAGGUUUUCUGAGAAUUGACAGUGCUGUGAGGGCCCUGAGACGAAAUGGACAUCACCAUCCAGCAUCCCUGGUUCCGCCGCUCCUUCUGGCCAUCCCUCUUUCCAAGCCGGAUCUUUGACCAGCACUUUGGGGAACACAUGUCUGAGAGUGACUUGAUUCCCUCGCUGUCCUACCAUCGGCCUUCCUUCUUCCGUUGGCCAAGCUGGUUGGAGAGUGGCAUUUCUGAGAUGAAAAUGGAAAAGGAUCGUUUCUCUGUUAAUCUGGAUGUCAAACACUUCACACCUGAGGAACUCUCCGUGAAAAUCACUGGAGAUUACAUUGAAAUUCAUGCUAAACAUGAGGAUCGACAGGACGAUCAUGGUUUUGUCUCACGAGAAUUCCUAAGAAAAUACCGUAUUCCUACUGGUGUGGAUCCGACCUCUGUCACCUCCUCCUUGUCUUCUGACGGCGUUCUGACGGUGAUGGUACCACGCAAGCAAUCGGACGACCCCGAGCGCACCAUUCGCAUCACCCACGAUGACAAGCCCGCCGUUUCCGGGCCUCAGAAGAAGUAAAGCUGCCAGACUUCUAACGACGCAACUUUAUGUUUCUUGUCUUUCCCACUUGUUGUACCACUGUGCUUCUGCAUAAUCUAUCCUCCAUUGCUCAGUAUUACCAGGCUACAGGGGAAUUAAUCUUCCUCAGUUGUUACAGACAAGCCUAUUGGUUAAAUUGUCUUUGCUACAUAGAAGUUUAGGAAGAAAUGGUUAUUAACUACACCAGUUGAGGUGGCAGAGGUGACAACCUCUAAGUGAUUGUUAUCUAAACCUUUUUAUGGAAAUAAACGGUCACAAUAAAGUAUUGUCUCUGCUGUUUAUGCUGCAGUAGGACGUGACUCUGCCACCAAACAAAGGGGCCUUUAAUAUUCCACGGCCAGUCUAUGUCGAUGAUGGCAAAGUGUGGGUGGAGUUUUACUCGGAAUCUGUUAAGAACAAAGACAAAAUGGCGACAAUUUUACUGAAUCAGAAGAAAUUUGAAAGGUCUGUGAUUUGCGACACACCAUCAUAGUCUUAUAUCCAAAAAAGCUCAGUUGCAAAACGUUGGCUGUUUGUUCUCAAUUAUUUGUUACAUUAAAUAUUAUUAUAGCUUUUGUUGUGUGGUUCGAAGGGGUAAAGAACAUGCAAGUUUUUCUUUUAAUGGUGGAUAUUGGAACCGGAGGACACAGCAAAGAGAAAAAUGAAUGCUUUCUUUUAAUGUUACGUAUGGUAACACCGGUGCUACACCUUAAGCCUAAAACAUUGCUUAGCAUCGAGUUAAAAGUGUAAAAGGGGCGUUUGAAUGUCAUUAUUGAGAAUGGGAUCUUUUUCAAGCAUAAUUUGAGCUGAGAUGAAACCUUUUCUGUAUGUUUGUCUGUGUGUGCUUUUAUGAAUAAGCGCCAGAAACUCACAUUGUUUAUAAUCGGUGAGAGUAUUCAGUUUUUUCAGCAAUGGCUCACUUAUUCAAAAACAGUAAAGCUGCUAAUACCAAACUGUAUCAGUAUAUUUGUGAUAAGCUAACUAAUCUAAAGGGGUUCUGAUAAACACUUGGGAAAAAU